AUGUUCACCGAGUUUUUUUGCCAGCCCGGAUGGCUAUACUGGUCGUGGCCCGGCAUGGUUCUGAUUGGUGCCGGGACGUGGUACCAAGUCCAUCUGGAUGUGGUGAUCAAUGCUUGGUUUGGAGACUUCUAUGACUUGAUACAGAAGGCACUGUCCAAAGAGUCGGACGUCUCCAAAGAUAAGAUCUACGGAUACUUGUUCACCUUCUCCGAAAUCGCUGGCAUCUACAUCGUGGUGGCGGUCAUGUCCGUUUUCUUCACGAAGCACUGGACCUUUCGCUGGCGUCAAGCCAUGAAUGACUUCUGCGUCGAGCACUGGCGAGAACUGCGCCAAGUUGAGGGGGCAAGCCAGCGAGUUCAGGAAGACACGCGGCGCUUUGCGAUCAUGGUGGAAGGCAUUGGGGCUUCACUCCUUCAGUCGCUCAUGACUCUGGUAGCCUUCCUUCCGAUCCUCCACGAGUUGUCCAAGCCGGUCAAAGCCUUGCCGAUCAUCGGGGAGGUGCCGCACGCCAUGGUCUUGCUGACCAUCACUUGGGCCUUGCUGGGCACCGUGGGACUAGCUCUGGUUGGCAUGCGCCUACCGGGUUUGGAGUUUCAGAACCAGCUUGUGGAGGCUGCCUUCAGAAAGGAGCUGGUCUUUGGCGAGGAUCGGGAAGACCGCGCGCAGCGGGAGGUGGUGGACCAGCUCUUCGCAGCAGUCCGGGAGAGCUACUUCCAGGUCUACUUCAACUUCAUGUACUUUGACUUUGCCAAGUGGUCCUACCUACAGUUUGGGGUGAUCAUUCCCUACUUGGCCCUUGUCCCCUGCAUUGCGGAGGGGCAGAUCACCCUGGGCCAGAUGCAACGGCUCGUGAGCGCCUUCAGUAGCGUGGAGCGCUCCCUGCAAUUCCUGGUGCGCAACUGGGAUCAGAUCGUCGAGCUAAUUUCUGUAUACAAGCGGCUGCGACAGUUCAGCCUCACGCUCAGUGACGAGAUGAGCCCGCGCAGCGACGCUCCUGGGGACUUCCCGUCGCCUUCGCGUCUCGGGCAUAGGCAUGUCUACGUGGAGCUGGACAAUCUGUCAGGAGGCUCAGAGAAGCCCUCGAACCCUUGA